CGUGAGCGGCGGCAUGGCGGCACACCGCUCCGGCCCACUGAAACAGCAGAAUAAAGCUCACAAAGACGGGCGGCAUCGGGGUCGGGGAUCCGCUCAGCGCGACGGCAAGGGCCGUCUAGCAUUGAAAACUCUAAGCAAGAAGGUCAGAAAAGAGCUCAGCAGAGUAGACCAGAGGCAUCGUGCCAGCCAGCUCCGGAAGCAAAAGAAGGAGGCGGUCCUAGCAGAGAAGAGACAUUUGGGCAGCAAAGAUGGCCCUCCCCAUCAUGUACUGGUGGUGCCCCUGCACAACAGGAUUUCCCUGUCAGAAGUGUUUUGCCUGCUUCAGGAUAGGGACUCUGGGAUAAUACACCUGAACGAAUGGGGAAGUAGCCAUAGCUUUAUGCUGCUAUGUCCCUUGUUGAGACAUCGGUGGUUUUUCACAUCUGCAAAGCCAGGGGAUUUGCAUACUGUGUUAGACAUGGCUAAAGUGGCUGAUACCAUCCUGUUCAUGCUUGAUUCACUAGAAGGCUGGGACAGCACUGGGGAUUACUGCCUUUCCUGCCUCUUUGCUCAAGGCCUUCCCACCUACACUUUAGCUGUCCGGGGGGUUUCUGGUCUUCCACUGAAGAAACAAAUAGAUGCCAGAAAGAAGCUAAGUAAAACAGUGGAGAAGCGCUUUCCUGAUGACAAACUUCUCCUAUUAGACACUCAAGAGGAGGCAAGGAUGCUGCUCAGGCAGUUGGCUAGCCAAAAGCAACGGCAUCUUGCCUUUCGAGAUCGACGGGCUUACCUGUUUGCCCAUGCUGCUGACUUUAUGCCUAGUGAGGAGAAUAGCUUGGUGGGCACUUUGAAAGUCUCAGGCUAUGUUCGUGGGCAGACUCUGAAUGUAAAUAGCUUGCUGCAUAUAGUUGGACAUGGUGAUUUCCAGAUGAAACAGAUAGAUGCACCUAUGGACCCCUGUCCUUUAAAUCACAGAGUGAUUAAAUCCCAAAAGGACUCAAGCCUGGCAAUGGAGAUUUGUGCUACGGAUGCUGUAGCUGAAAUGGAAGAAGACCUUAAGGUCCUAAUGAAAGCAGACCCUGAUAAACAGGAAUCUUUGCAAUCAGAGGUUAUCCCAGAUCCAUUGGAGGGGGAGCAAACCUGGCCUACCGAGGAGGAGCUGGAUGAGACAAAUGACUUCUUGAAGAAAAGUUCCAAGGUGGUAAAGAAGGUCCCCAAAGGAACAUCCAGUUACCAAGCUGAAUGGAUUUUAGAUGAGAAUGGUGAAAGUGGUGGGGAAGGGGAUGACUUUGAUGAUAUGGAAAAUGAGAAUUUUAUGGAAGAAGAAUCUCAGGAUGAGAGUAGCGAAGAGGAAGAAGCGGAGGAAUGUGAAACUAUAACUCUGGGAGAGUCUGAGCGUGAUGAUCUGUAUGAUGAGAAGGUGGAUGAAGAGGCUGAGGAAAAAAUGUUGGAGAAAUAUAAACAAGAACGUCUGGAAGAGAUGUUUCCAGAUGAAGUAGACACCCCCCGGGAUGAGGCUGCUAGAAUUCGAUUUCAGAAAUACAGAGGCCUGAAGAGCUUCCGGACAUCUCCAUGGGAUCCCAAGGAAAACCUUCCUCAAGAUUAUGCUAGGAUCUUUCAGUUUCAGAACUUUACUAAUACUAGGAAACGCAUCUUUAAAGAGAUUGAGGAAAAAGAGGUUGAAGGAGCUGAGAUUGGCUGGUAUGUGACAAUUCAUGUCUCUGAAGUCCCUGUCUCAGUGGUUGAGUACUUCAGGCAAGGAGCACCCUUGAUUGCAUUUUCCUUAUUACCUCAUGAACAGAAGAUGUCAGUAUUGAAUAUGGUAGUGAACCGACACCCUGGCAACACUGAACCUGUGAAAGCCAAAGAGGAGCUGAUCUUCCACUGUGGAUUCAGGCGCUUCCGAGCCUCACCUUUAUUCUCUCAGCACACUGCAGCGGAUAAGCAUAAAUUUCAGCGAUUCCUGACUGCUGAUGUGGCCCUGGUAUUAACAGUGUAUGCCCCAGUCACUUUUCCUCCUGCAUCUGUGCUGCUUUUCAAACAGAAUAGCAAUGGAAUGCACAGCCUCAUUGCUACAGGCCAUCUGUUGUCAGUGGAUCCGGAAAGAAUGGUCAUCAAGAGGGUUGUUCUGAGUGGUCAUCCCUUCAAAAUUUUUACUAAGAUGGCAGUAGUGCGAUACAUGUUCUUCAACAGAGAGGAUGUGCUGUGGUUUAAACCGGUGGAACUGAGAACAAAGUGGGGCCGCAGGGGACACAUCAAGGAGCCUUUGGGUACUCAUGGCCACAUGAAGUGCACUUUUGAUGGGAAGCUAAAAUCUCAGGACACAGUACUAAUGAACCUCUAUAAACGAGUUUUCCCCAAAUGGACUUACGAUCCAUAUGUUCCAGAACCAGCAUCUUGGGUGAAAAGUGAGAUUUCUUCAGCAAUUCCUGAAGUGGACAUGGAGUAAUAGAUUCAAAGGGAUUCAUAUUGCCAGUUAGCCCUCUAGGGUCAGGAACCUACAGGUUGUAAUAUGGCAAAGUUGUUUUCUACUUCAGCCUAUAGGCCUUUCACAAAUGGUUCUUCUUGACCUUGGCAAGGGGUCUCAGUUAAAUAAGUAUGUUUUUCUAUUACUACUUAGUCCAAAAAACUAUUAAAUCUUACUCAAUAAUAGCAACUCUUAAUUGGGAUUUUGAAAACUAUUUAAGAGGGGAUGAUUGAAAGUUGACAGUUUAUGACAAAGACAAGAAAACAAAAUUUCCAAGGGUCUAGAGACACUAAAUCCCAUCUCCUCUGUUAGCAUAGAUUAAACAGAAACAGAUGGAUGUGGAGCUGGUGUUUCAGCCUGUUUCACCCAAGUUAGGGAGGUUAGGUCUACAUUUCCACCACUGAGCACAAUACAAAUGUUCUUUACUUCUGGGGAAACUGUUUGAAAACGUUGAGAUAGCACAGCAGCCACUCCAACACCAGCGGUAGGUUCAAUGAGUAGUUUCAUCCUCUCCCACACCAGCUGAGUUGCAUGCUGUUGGUACAGAAGGGAGUAAUAGUGAAAUGGGAGAAGGGAAAAGGACUUAUUGGUUUAAUUGUAAAGGCCAGAUGAGGAUAUGUGCCCUGUCUGAAUUUUUUUUUUGUUUCUUUGUAUGUGUGUUGCCAGUGAAGGGCAUAGCUUUUAUUUCAACUCCACUUCUGUUGAAAGAGUUGUCUUACUGUAUCUAGGGGACCACCCACGUGUCAUGAAGACACCUAGUCAAGCCCUCUACUCGUAACAAGAUUCUUUUGCCUAAGAAGUUGCUCCCUUCUGUUAGUCCCUUUCCCGUUAGAGCCUCACCUUAAUUUCAUCCUCUGUGACAGUGAAGACAUCAUCCACAAGGUCCCUUAUAAUAGGCCAGGUGUUGAAGCCAAUGCUGGAUUUGACACCAUCUGCUAUGGUUUCUGGAGGAUAAGGAUUGGGGGUCAGUUCCCCCUUCAUUUUGGACUGGUAGCAGUCAUCUGCAUUCAAGGGUUCAGCAGCAUAUACUUUCACACUAGGUCUCAGAGCCUGGGAAGAGGAAUAUUAGGUACCUUACAACUAGCCACAGCAUUGCCCACAUGCCUAAAAUAAAACAGUAUGGCUACAUUUCUGCCCAAGUAAGAGGCUUCCUUUUGAUGAUACAUUCAUUGAAGAUAGGACCUUUAAAGCACUUUAUAAAUAUAUUGAAUGUCUAAUAUGGGCCUUCAGUUGCUCAGAUUACAUUUGUUUCUACUGGUAAUUUAGGAAGAGUAGUCCCUGGCUUGGCUAGUAGGCUUGUGAGAUGGAAUUCAGGGAAAUGAAUGUGAACGUGUUCUUCACUGUAACUGCUUUUGUGCUGUAAAGUUGUCAUGGAAUAAGAGGGUAGUGAGGCAGAGAAGGGCCUUCCAUCUCAAAUGCCAAGGGAUGAUGAGGAAAGAAUGGCAGUUUUGGGGGAAUGUUCAGCAAAUAUCCACAACAUACUAUGAUGUAAAAUAAAAUCCAUGCCUGAACUGGGGAGUCCUCUAGAAGUUGUUUUCUCACCUUAACUGUAAUUGCUAUUCCAGCAACCAUUCCUCCUCCCCCUACGGGUACCACCACUGCAUCCACCAAGGGAACCUUUAGUGAAAAAAAUAUAAAGUAUAAAUAAGCCUAUCAAUAGGCACUUUAGAUAUACAUAUAAAAUAACCAAAUCUAUAGCCAAAUAUCAGCUAGACCAGUAGCUAAACAGGACGAAUUAAUUAAUUAUGUCAUUUUACCUGGUUCAGCACUUCCAGGACAAUUGUUCCUUGCCCAGCUAUCACUGCAGGCUCCUGGUUGGGAUGUACCAUAAUGCCUUCUGUUUCUUCUAUAAUUCUUUUUGUAACCUUUUCUCUGGACUGCAAGAGUACAUUAAUUUAGCUUACUUGAUUACAUUUAAGAGUUCCCAAUUAAGUUAGAGUCAGUCCUUUAACACUUUGACACAGUGGCCUCCUACUGUUUUUCACUUUGUUUAGGCACUGGGAUAUAACUGAAUAAAACAGUGCUUGCCCUCAUAAGAGUUAUUCUUAUAUGGUGGUGAGAGUGGUAGGGGAGAUGUGGGAUAAAAGUAAAUACAUGGUAUGUCAUAAAAAUGUAGUAGUAUAGGGUGGGUCAGGAAAGGCCUCUGAUAAAAUGACAUUUUAAAAGAUGUGAGCAAGUCCUGUGCAUCUCCAGAACACUCCAGGGAGGGGGGUUAGUGUCGAGCCCAAAGGCCACAAGGAGUGUUUGGCUUCUGUGAAGAACUUCCAAAAAAUUGGCUGGUGUGGUAGGGGGGAGGUAUUGUAGGAAAUGAGGUCAGAAAGAGGAAUGGGCCAGUUCAUCUAAACCUAAAAUUACUGUAAGAACUUGGGAAACUACUAGAGGAUUCUGAGCUGACAAGAGGACAGGUUCUUAAUAGAUCACUGUGGUGAUUCCUUUGAAAACAGACUAAUGGGGCAAGGGUAGAAGCAGGGAGACUAGGCUACUGAAGUGAGAAAUGGUAUUGGCUCUAAUCAGGGUCAAAAUAGUGGAGGUGGUGGGAAAUAGUUGGAUUAUGGAAAUAUUUUGAAAGUAGGGCUAUCAUUUGGCUGUGGCAUGUGAGAGUUACCCAAGAUAACCAAGGUUUUCUUGCUUAAGCAACUAGAAGGAUACAAGUUGCCAUUUACAGAGAUGUAGAAGACUGUAGGGAGAGCAGUAUUGGAGAAGAUCAAGACUUUGGUUUUAGACCUCAUAAGUGUGAGAUGCCUGUUGACAUCCAAGUGGGAAUGUCAAGUAGCAGUCAGAUAUACAAGUCUGGAAUUAAGGAGGGAGGGUCAGGACUGGAGAUAGAAAUUUGAGACUAUAGUUAAGAGUAUAGGUGGUAGCUUAAAUCAGGAGAUUAAUGAGAUCAGAUAUCUGACUGAGUGUAGAGAAAAGGUUGGGCAUGCUAACAUGUAGAGAUGAAGAGGCAAUAAAGGGAACUAAGAAGGAACAACUAGUGAAGUAGAUGAGUUGUCAAAAGAAAGCUGUGAAGGUGGUACCGAACAUUGCUUUCCUUCUUACCUCAUCGCUCUGUUCACUGUACGCUAUAGAGGCUCCAUAAGCUUGUAUUGCCAACUUUUUACACUUAGGAGCUGUUUGGGGCACCACAAUAUAAGCAGGGAUACCUGGGAGGGGAAAAUACGGUUAGUGCAAGUCAGGAGAAUUUGGGACAGAAGCUUCCGUUCAGUUUGCCUGUAAUCAGAUAGGGACUCUUAGAAAUUUACUUCCCACAGCUAUCACCACUGUCACUGAAAGUAAGGAUGACUUUUCACUUCUCUGAUGAUCCUCCCCUUACCUGAGAAAUUAAUUUAGUACCUUCCAAUUUGGCAGCAUAGGUGAGAGCCUGGCCAUGAUUUCCACUGCUGUGGGUAACAACAGCUUUGGGUUUCUUCCCUUCUGAAGUGGUACGAAUCAAGCCUCUGAUUGCAUUAAGGGCACCACGAAACUGGAAAAAAAGGGAUGGGGAAGCCAUGUAUUUAAAAACCAAGGAGCUUUUCUAGAUUUUCUUUCCCUAACACUUCAUUUUCAAUUUAUCACUAAGUCUUAAUCUUUCUCCUAAAUAUCUCAUGCAUUUUCUCAGCCACUGCCUUGGUUGAAACACUCAUUUCUCAAUUUCUGUUAUCAAACCUCAAUUGAUCCUGCCCCAAAGCCAAUUCUCAUCUAGUAUCUCCACUAGAUUAUUAAAGUGAUCUUUUAAAAAUGCAAACCUGAUGAUCUUUGUUGACUGCCCAUUUUUAUAAGACCAAGGACAGAUUCCUUACAAGUUGCAGUCUUCUAAACACAUCUAUUACCUCUAUCACAGUGUUGUAGCCAUCUUAAAUUGCUUCUGGUUUCCCUCCUACCACUUUAGCACUCCUGUUCCUUUAAACAUGCUAACAUCUACCUGUAGGUCUUUUUUUCCAUUCCCUGAUCAGCUAAAAGUACUCAUCCUGUAGAACUGGGAUUGAGCAUCACCUGGUUCAGCUUCCUUGAUCUGCCAGGCAAAAUUGGAUACUUCAUUCUCUGUUCUUCCACAGCACUUGUAUGUUAUCUGUUAAGACAUUUCUCAUCAACCUAUUUGUUGAUCAGCCUGUCUUCCCCUGUAAGUAUGGAUAAAGGGCAAGGUCUACUAUAUAUACACCUACUGUAAUUCCCGACAUAAUAAUAGGUGCUUAAUGUAUGACAAAUGGAGUAAACCUUGGGAUAGUAGAAGCCAAUGGCAAAAGAAAAUGGAAGAUUUUAUUUUUUUUAUUCUCAAAGUUCUCAGUUAAUAGGUAGGGGAAAAGGUAGAUUGCUGAGGUCCUAAAGUUACCAUUUAACAGGUACCGAACACCUGUCAGGCACAGUGCUAAAUGCCCCAUUUUGUUUUUUACAUCAGAGAAUCUUAAAGCUCAAUUAAAUGGUCAGGAGAGUCUGGUAAAAAGCCAACACAUAUAAUUCUAUUUUUAUGUAUAGAAAAGGCACCAACAUAUUUGAUAGAAAAGAAGUUUAUGAGGGUUUAGCUAGGUUAAGAUCUUUUAUAGUCAUAGUAAGGUAUCAAUGAAUAACAAGUCGACACAAGGCGAAUGCUUAACUUGGUUGUAUGUAGGGUGAUCACACUUCCCAUUUUGCCUGCAACUGGCCAGGUUGUCUCAGUUUAAUCAUUACAGGUUUACCCUUUCAUUCUCAAAUAUGUCCUAGUUUGGAAAAUAUAUGGUCACCAUAAUUACAAGGAAUUUUGUGAGUAUAAAAGUGGCCUAUCAAUUCCAUGUUAGGUAACUAGGACUUUAUCAAUGGGAAAUUUCUGCAACCCUUUCUUCAACAAUAUAAAGGUGUUAAUUUACUUUUGUCUACCUCACUGAAUAGUUAGAAGGAUCAAACAAAGUUUAUAAGUGAAAGGGGUUUGAAAAAAUACAUGAUACACUAACAAGGGAUUGUUACCUUAAAAGAUCCAGUUUUCUGGAAGAGUUCACAUUUGAAGAAAAGAUUGCGCCCUGUUCCUUGAUUCAAAAUGGAGCUUGUUAGGACUGGUGUAAGGUGGAUAAAAUCUCGAAUGUUCACAUGAGCUUUCUCAACAUCAGCAAGGGAGAUGCAGUACUGAGCACACAUGGUUCUGAAACCCAGUAACAAGAAAGGGAUCAGAUCAAAACAAAGUCUGAAACAAUGUGUUUAUCGAAAAGAUUUUGAAAAUGCCUAACACAGGAGAACAGACCUGGGGCCUGUAGUGGUAACGUGGGAACUGUGUUCAUCACUAGGGGCUCCAGAAUUUCUGUAUGUAAUGGGUUAUGUCUUGAAGCUGAAUUUCUUAGUAAGCCUAACAGUUUUUCUGGUGAUGCUUUACAGGAGGUAGGAAGGCUAAAGCUCCCCUCUCCCCCCAUACCAUCUCUUGCUUAUCUGCCACUUAUCUCCAUAUUGCUUUUUCAUCGUUGUGAAGCUGCUUGAAUGAACUGGGUUCAAAAUCUAAGUUUAUUUUAAAAAAUUAACAAAAAAUCACCCACAAUAUCACCAUCUCAAUAAAUUAACUGUUCGUUUUC